GCAUCGUCACUCAUGGGGUAGGCCUACCCCUGCGACGCUCGCGGGGCUGCAAUUAGUUCAUAUAUACUGAGAUCGUGGGUGGAUGUGGGCUUAGCAGCUCCAGCUCUAGCCUUAGCCUUCAUUGCAUGAACGUCUUGAAAACGAACCCCGUUUUUCGUUUGGGGGUUGUAGUAAUAGUAAGUCUUGGUCCAAGGCUAGAGCCUCUUACUACCAAUGUGCAAUACACCUCCCAACCGCUAUAGUAGCGCUGUGGCGCAGUGGAAAGCCGGUGCACUCAUUCAUUGCAGGACGAAGAAGGGGUGAAGAAAAUUUCAAGACAUCCCGAGAUAAAAUGCAUGUUUAUUGAACAAUAACGGAUAUACAAACACACGGCAACCCCCGUACACCUUCCUAACAUCUGCGCCUAUGAGGGUGAAGGUGGACUGUCUGGCUCAGGUGAAUGGACACAGCAGCUAUCCAAGUACAGCAAGUGAAAACUGCAGAAAGAGACAGAGAACUACAGAGAAGGAUGGGUCAGGAGAAAAUGGAGUUAACGUGGAAUGGAAGAACAAAAAGAGGGAAACAAGGAGUAAGGAGAGCCUGGAGAGGGAUACCAAGCAGGCUUCAGGCAAAACGAGGAAUAAGAAGACAGAGGAAAAGAAGAAAAGAAAGAUGGCCCAGGCAAAUGGCCCUACUGUCACACCCAAACCAGCUGCCUCUACCAAAAGCCCCCCAGCUAGAGUCGUCCAGUCAGUUAAAAGCUCUAACAAGGCCCCAGUAGCCCAAGCAAAGGCACAGAAUGCCUCCUCUUCAGAUUCCACCAGCAGCAGUAGCGACGAGGAUGAAGCUCCCAAAAAUACAGCUGCCCAAAAACCAGAACUGAAAAUGCUCUCCUCCACCCAUGCUACUUCCAAGGCACCUCCAACCACCAAACCUGUCCAGCCAAAGUCACACCCUCCUUCAUCAUCUUCUUCAGAAACCGCCUCCUCCUCUGAUGAGUCCUCCACUGUAAAAAAAACACCAAAAAACAAGUGUUUAACCUCCACAACCCCCAAAGGAAGAAUAAGUGAUAUCUCCAAGUCUCAACAGAUUAUUCCUGUCCUACAGUCCACAGACCGUGCACAGAAUCAGACUGUGAGCACAGUGGUGCCCCUUCAUGAUAAAUUCAUGGUGCCUUGUAAUCCAGACAGUGAAGAGGAGAUUGAGCUCGUAAUCCGACAGCCAAUGCAGCAGCCAGGCCGCGGUGUGGGUAGUCAGGGAUCUCGGAGAGACCGUAACCCCAGGCAAACCAGGCGUGGUGGUCCUGAAGAGAAGGGAAGGGGUGGAAGUAGAGGGGUAAUCAGCUAUAAUAGAGCCAAGGAGCCAUCCUGCCUGACUGAUUCACUGAGCAAUGUGUCAGUGGUCCUCCAGAACGGUGCAGAAGGUGCUCCCAAACAGGACUAUAGCUCUAUGCCCUUGCUAGCUGCUCCUCCACAGGUGGGGCAGAAGAUUGCCUUCAAGUUGCUGGAGCUGACUGAGAACUACACACCAGAGGUAUCUGGAUAUAAGGAGGGGAAGAUUGUGAGCUUUGACCCAACCACCAAACAGAUUGAGCUGGAACUACUUAACAUCUCUCAAGAUCCCGUAGAGCCUGGCAAGUUCGACCUGGUCUAUCAAAACCUAGAUGGCUCAGAGAGUGUGGAGUAUGCAGUGUCCAGAGGCUCUCGGGUGACAGAAUGGUGGGACUCCCUGCUGGAACCAAGGCUCAUCAUUUAAAUGGGACCAAACAGUGACUUUGCACAUAUUGUAGCUUGGCAACAUGGAUUUACCUUUUCUACAGUGAACUUUAUUCCAGGAUCCUUCAACUUGUGCUCCAGUGCCAUUAACUGCCGCUAAGUUAACUGUACACUGCAUAAGACAGCCAAGGGAUAUAAUAAUUGCUGAAUAUAUUAUCUUCUCUGUGCUUAAUAAGUCAUCAUUUUGCACAGAAGAGCUACUGCAGUUGUAAGCACUGACAAAUGUUAUAAUUGUUGCAUUUGAAUUGAAGUUAGAUAUGAAAUGCUGUUGUUUUUUGUUUGGUUGUUUUUUAUGUAGUGGGAUUUCAGUCUUGUAUAAACAGUUUUUCUAAUAAAUAACUCAGGAUAG